AUGAAGUUUUUCCCAGCUUGCGUCCUCGUCACUUUGGCGGUGAUCCGAUCGUGUGCGGCGCAGUCAGUUUGCCCUGGUACAGAGAACAAGCUGAGCACACUGUCUGAUUUGGACCAGCAAUACCGCACCCUGAAGAAGCUCUACGAGAACUGCGAGGUCGUCAUGGGGAACUUGGAGAUUACCAGCAUUGAUCGAAACCGCAACCUCUCCUUCCUCAAGUCUAUCAAAGAGGUGACUGGUUACGUGCUGGUUGCACUCAAUCAGUUCGACUACCUGCCACUGGAGAACCUGCGGAUCAUCCGAGGCACCAAACUGUAUGAGGGUCGGUACGCUCUGGCCAUCUUCCUCAACUAUAGACGGGACGGUUUGUAUGGCCUAAGGCAGCUGGGAUUACGCAACCUCACAGAGAUACUGAAUGGGGGCGUUUAUGUCGACCAGAACAAAUUCCUGUGUCACGCAGACACGAUCCAUUGGCGUGACAUUAUCAAGAACCCCCAGGCUGAGCUGCUGGUGGUGCCGUCCAACAACAGCAACAAUGGAUGCAGACGAUGUCAUCGCUCAUGUAACGGACGCUGCUGGGGCCAUCAAGAGGACCAGUGUCAAACUUUGACAAAAACGGUGUGUGCAGAGCAGUGUGACGGUCGAUGCUUCGGGCCUUACGUCAGCGACUGCUGCCAUCGCGAAUGCGCCGGCGGCUGCUCUGGCCCCAAGGACACGGACUGCUUUGCUUGCACCAAUUUCAACGACAGCGGGGCGUGCGUGACCCAGUGCCCUCAGCCGUUUGUGUACAACCCGACAUCUUUCCAGUUAGAGCACAACCCCAGAGCCAAGUACACCUACGGAGCCUUUUGUGUCAAGAAAUGUCCACAUAAUUUUGUCGUGGACCACAGCUCCUGUGUGAGGGCAUGUCCCAGCAACAAGAUGGAAGUGGAGGAGAACCGAAUUAAAAUGUGCAUCCCUUGUACAGACAUCUGUCCGAAAGUGUGUGACGGUAUAGGAACAGGAAGCCUGCAGGCGGCUCAAACGGUGGAUGCCAGCAAUAUCGAUAAAUUUGUCAACUGCACCAAAAUCAAUGGCAACCUCAUCUUUCUCAUUACUGGCAUUAAAGGGGAUAUGUAUCAUGGUAUUGGACCUAUGGACCCUGAGCGCCUCAAUGUUUUCCGCACUGUGAAGGAGAUUACAGGUUACCUCAACAUCCAGUCAUGGCCUGAAAACAUGACAGAUCUGAGUGUUUUUUCCAGCCUGGCUACUAUCGGAGGCAGAUCUCUUUACAGUGGAAGUGGUAUUUCUCUUUUGAUCUUGAAGCAGCGCUGGAUCUCCUCUCUCCAGUUCCAGUCAUUGAGUGAGAUCAGCGCCGGGAACGUCUACAUCUUCAACAACAGCCGCCUGUGCUUCUAUAACACCAUCAACUGGACGUCGUUGUUCAGGACCCCGAGCCAGAAAGUCCUCAUCCGUAACAACCGAGAACCAAAGGAGUGCAUCCAGCAGCGAAUGGUGUGUGACCGGAUGUGUUCAGACGAUGGCUGCUGGGGCCCAGGUCCAGCCCAGUGCCUCUCCUGCCGAUACUUCAAGCGAGGCCGUACCUGCGUUCAGUCCUGCAACCUCUUUGACGGGGAAGAGCGUGAAUUUGCCAAUGGAUCCCUGUGCCUGGGAUGUGAUAGCCAAUGUGAGAAGAUGGAUGGAAACACUAUGACAUGUCUUGGCCUGGGCCCAGACCAGUGCGUAAAAUGCCUCCACUUCAAAGACGGUCCUAACUGCGUGGAGAAGUGCCCCGAUGGGCUGCAGGGAGCCAACAGUUUCAUCUUCAAAUACGCCAAGGCCAACAACGAGUGUCAUCCUUGCCAUGCCAAUUGCACCCAGGGGUGCGUCGGGCCGAGACUCCAAGAUUGCGUUGGGAUGAUGGACAGGACACCUCUAAUAGCAGCUGGCGUUAUCGGUGGCCUAUUUAUCAUCGUCAUUCUGGCUCUCAGCGUGGCCGUUUAUGUUCGACGCAAAAGCAUCAAAAAGAAGAGGGCGUUGCGGCGUUUCUUAGAGACGGAGCUGGUGGAGCCUCUGACCCCGAGUGGAACGGCGCCGAACCAGGCUCAGCUGCGGAUCCUGAAAGAGACGGAGCUGAAGAAGGUCAAGAUUCUGGGAUCGGGAGCUUUCGGAACAGUCUACAAGGGCAUCUGGGUCCCAGAAGGUGAGACGGUGAAGAUCCCCGUGGCUAUUAAAAUCCUCAACGAGACCACCGGCCCUAAAGCCAACGUGGAGUUCAUGGACGAGGCCCUGAUCAUGGCCAGCAUGGAGCACCCCCACCUGGUGCGUCUCCUCGGCGUCUGCCUGAGCCCCACCAUCCAGCUGGUCACCCAGCUCAUGCCCCACGGCUGCCUCCUCGACUAUGUGCACGAGCACAAGGAUAACAUUGGCUCGCAGCUGCUGCUCAACUGGUGUGUCCAAAUUGCGAAGGGGAUGAUGUACCUGGAGGAGAGGAGGCUGGUCCACAGGGACCUGGCAGCUCGGAACGUGCUGGUAAAAUCUCCCAAUCACAUCAAGAUCACUGACUUCGGCCUGGCCCGACUGCUGGAUGGUGACGAGAAAGAAUACAAUGCAGAUGGGGGAAAGGUUGGUAUGCCCAUUAAAUGGAUGGCUCUGGAGUGCAUCCACUACAGAAAGUUCACCCAUCAGAGUGACGUGUGGAGUUACGGUGUGACCAUCUGGGAGCUGAUGACAUUUGGAGGCAAACCUUACGACGGUAUCCCCACACGAGAAAUCCCAGACAUCCUGGAGAAAGGGGAGCGCCUGCCCCAGCCGCCAAUUUGCACCAUAGAUGUCUACAUGGUCAUGGUCAAAUGCUGGAUGAUUGAUGCAGACAGCAGGCCGAAGUUCAAGGAGCUGGCUGCUGAGUUCUGCAGAAUGGCCCGUGACCCACAACGAUACCUGGUGAUUCAGGGAGACGACCGCAUGAAGCUUCCCAGCCCCAAUGACAGCAAGUUCUUCCAGAGCCUGCUGGACGAAGAGGACCUUGAUGAUUUGAUGGAUGCGGAAGAGUAUCUGGUGCCUCGAGGUUUCAACAUGGCCACUCAGUCAUGCACGCUCAGGCCUCGAGUUGACUCCAACAGAAAUCAGUUUGGCUAUCGAGAUGGUGGUGCAAAUCCUGCAGAAGGACCCUUGGCAGGCGCGCAAGCCUGCAUGAACCAGGAAGCCACGGGUGGCCUGAGCCCACCCCUGGACGACCAGCGUUGUAAUGGAAGCCUGCAUAAGAAGAGCCUGAGCCAAGCUGGAGUGGAAGACAGUGGAGGCCAGAGGUACAGCGCUGACCCCACCAUCUUCCUGGGGGAGAGAGUAUUGAGAGGGGACACCGAUGAGGAUGGAUACAUGACGCCAAUGAAGGAUAAGAACUCCUCAGAAUAUCUGAAUCCCAUUGAGGAGAACCCGUUUGUCACACGACGUAAAAACGGCGAGAUCCACGCCCUGGACAACCCAGGCUACCACAGCACACCCAACAGUCAGCCCAAAGGAGAGGAUGAGUACAUCAAUGAGCCCCUCUACCUCAACACCUUCCAUAGCCCUGCUGAGCUGGGCCUGGAAGCUCUGAGGAGAAAUGGUCUGCCCUUACCUACCCAGCCUCCUUCUUCAAUCUCAGCCACAACCUCAGGCUCCCAUCUGCCACUUACCAUCCAGACUAGCCUGCCCCACUACCCCCUCCCCACAGCCCAGCCAUCUCCAUCUGGCAUGCCUUGCCACCACGGUCCACCAACUCACAUCCUCCAUGGCCACCACACCGUCAAACCUGCAGGGCAACCUGGCAAUCCAGGUGGCAGCUCUGUCACUCAGAGCCAAACAGGAACUACUGCUCAAGCCCAGGUGAGCCAGUCGGGUGCCCUGUCCACUUCAGCCACCACUGGGCAUGGUAGCUUGCCAGCCUACCAGAGCUAUGCCACAACACACCCUGCCAGUUUGCUGAAGCAUGGAGGGCAGAUGUCAGGUAAAGGCAGUGGGAAGAAGCUAAAGGUGACCUUUGACAAUCCAGAAUACUGGCAGCACAGCUUGCCUCCCAAAUCAUCUAACCAGGUGGCCUCUGAUGGCGCCCAAGGAGGUUCCACCAAUGCCAAGCUCUUCUAUAAACAGAAUGGACACAUACGGCCGGCAGUAGCUGAAAACCCUGAAUAUAUGUCUGAGUUUUCCCUGAAAUCUGGAACCAUCUUGCCACCUCCACCUUACCGGCAGCGAAACACUGUGGUCUAGAUUGUUCCUUUUAACAAAUGUUUCCCAAUCUUCCUCUAGCCUCCGACAUGCCCAACAUCCUCUCCAGUUCCAUGGUCCCACACAAAGGGAGAGUGGCCCCAACCAUAGCCACUCGCAGCUCUGCCCAGAUAAUGGGACAUCUGCUGUAGAUUGUAGCAACAUCUGAAGGAGGUGGACCGAACCCAGCAUAAACAAAUCAGACCCCUGAACCUUUACUAUAUACAAUCUUGUCCAUUUCUGUCCUGUAGAUAGAGACUGUGCUCCAAGUCAUUGAGAAUGUCAAGGUUAUGUUAGGUUUCGGUAAAUAACGGACACAUGAUUAUCACACAGCAGUGGACGGACUGUAUCUGGGGGACCUGAACUCACUGCCAGCCACUUGGGUUUCAGAUUUCUGAGAGAAACAAGAUGUUUUAGUAUUCCUUUUUGUUUUCCAACAUAAAAUUCUGAGGAUGAACAGUAUUCUGCAAAGGGUUUCCUUAAACAAGCAAUCACAUAGAACAAAUACAGUCUGUUAGAUGUCACGAUAUCUGGUUUUCUGAAUGACCUUAGAGUGAGUUAGCUGUAGAAAAAAAGGAAAAUAUGGAGUAAAAAAAGACAAUAUAGAGUGGGCAUCAAAAGACGGAGCACUCAUCAAUCAUAUUCAGUGUUUUUGCCUAUAGGAUUAUACCCACCGUGUGUUCUUUUAUAUGAAAUAUGUGAAACUCAUCUCAUUCUUCUACUGUAACUGUGAUACUGUGAUGGACAAAACUACAGUGAGCUUUUCUUUCACAUUUGUAGUGCAACCAUGGACUUUUUAAAUUGCCCGAGAAUCUGCAGGGCAACUGCUGUUCUGUUGAUUUUGCUUGGCUGCUGUCUGUUUGGAGAAGCCGACUAGAAACAGCUUUUCCAGGGCAAAUGGUAUAAGGGAAAAUACACUGUAAACACUUUUAUAAUCACAGACUUCAGUGCUUAAAAGAUUUUUAUACACUAGUUUUCCCAUUCAGAUUGUGAAGCUAACUCGAGCUAACGAGCUAGUGAGAGUGCAGUUAUGGAAAUUGCUGUAUAGUGCUAAACAGUAAAGCAGCUGAACUCGAGUGGUGUUCAGAGAGUGAAAAGUGGGGGAGUGGGGAGGAAAAGUUUAUGAAAGUUCAUACAGGCUGACUAAUGAAGACCUCAAGGAACGAACAAGACAGCACCAGCAGAGCACAGUUAAACAGACUACUUUAUAUGUGUGUGUGUGUCUGUCUUUAUGUCAGUGUGAUUGGGAUAAGUGUGUGCAUGUGUGUUCACAUUUUAGCAAGCCAGAGAUAACCACAUUGAGGGAAAAAUGUGGUAAAAGUCAGUGUUAAUGGAGUCAAAAGCGAAAGACUUUCAGUACUAACCAACAGUUGACUUUUUUUUUCGCAUACUGUAUGUCAAGUAAAAACAAAUCAAUCUAAAAUCAAAAGCUCAGUAAGAGACCCAACUGUACGAAAUGGCACCUAAUUUCUGGAAGGGUUUCGUAGAUUUAGGGUGUCCUCAGCCAACAUUGCUUUCUUUCAUGUUGGUCAAAGUAAAGAAUGUGAGUUUUUAUCAUUUUAUUAACUGGAACUGGAGAUCAUCUCUGUCAUGAUGUUUGUUUUUGCCCGUCAUUGCCAUUUUGAUUGCUUGAACCUAGAAAAAGUCUAAGUCUAGACUACUUCCGACCACAUCUGAACUAGACGCUUUUCUUUCCUGAAUCAUCUUUGAAGGAAUUUUUCCAGACCCCGCCCAUUUUCUCAUUAGACUGUUAGUUGGUAGCAAUUGUUAGUUGGUAGCUAGUUUUAUUUUGGCUACUCCAGCUAUUGGUGGUUGAUAUCCAACUUGUUGUAUCUUGUUCAGAAGGCAGAACUUGAUAAGCUAACCCAUCAACCUUGUCCCCUAGAAAAUAUAUUUUAUAGAGCAAACAGAAUGAUGCACAAAUUUAGAUUUUUAAGCUGAAUUUAUUCUUUAGCAUUAAAGCUAGCUUUAGCCUCAUGUGCACCUCCAUAGAAUUGUAACUACACCUUGUGGCAACAUAGAUCUCCGAUCUUGCCAACCAGUAUGUGGCCAUAGAAUGUGGCUAAAUACAGAAGACUUGACAGGUUUGGUUUAUUUCAGGCAGAACCACGAUAGUUUUGCCACCUCCUUCUGCAAAUGUGGAAAGCACAAAGCAGGGAGACCCUUUAUAGU